CGGAGGUUGGAUCUACACCCGGCAGUCUAUUGGGGAAACUUCCACUUUUAUAAACAAGUAUCGGGCUGCACUGGUUGAAGAGGAUACGAGUGUCAUGGAGGAUGGGAAGCCGGUGUGGGCGCCCCACCCAGGAGAUGGGUUCCAGCUGGGGACCAUAGUGGACAUAGGAGCAGACAGCUUGACCAUCGAGCCGCUGAAACAGGGGAACAAGAGCUUUACGGCCCAGAUCAACCAAGUGUUUCCGGCUGAGGAUGAUGUCAACAAACAUGUGGAAGACAACUGUUCUUUAAUGUACUUAAAUGAAGCCACUCUCUUGAACAACGUCCGUGUGCGGUAUAGUAAAGACAGAAUUUAUACGUUUGUAGCUAAUAUCCUGAUAGCAGUGAACCCCUACUAUGACAUCCCAAAGCUCUAUGCUCCAGAGACCAUUAAACAGUACCAUGGGAGGUCCCUGGGCACCCUUCCGCCCCACGUCUACGCUAUCGCUGACAAGGCCUACAGGGACAUGAGGGUGCUGAAGAUAAGCCAGUCCAUCAUCGUGUCCGGGGAGUCUGGUGCCGGGAAGACUGAAAACACCAAGUUUGUCCUCCGAUACUUGACAACAUCCUAUGGAACAGGUCAAGAUAUUGAUGAGAGAAUAGUUGAAGCCAAUCCCCUGCUAGAAGCUUUUGGAAACGCUAAAACUGUCAGGAAUAACAACAGUAGUCGCUUUGGGAAGUUUGUAGAGAUCCACUUCAACGAAAAGAAUACUGUGGUGGGAGGCUUCGUGUCCCACUACCUGCUGGAGAAAUCCAGGAUCUGCCAGCAGAGCCAGGAGGAGAGGAACUACCACAUCUUCUACCGGCUGUGUGCUGGAGCCUCCGAGGAUAUCAGGACCAAGUUCCACCUGGAAUCACCAGACGCCUUCAGGUAUUUGAACAGAGGAUGCACUCGCUUCUUUGCAAACAAGGACACGGACAAACAGAUCCUCCAGAACCGCAAGAGUCCAGAGCACCUGAAGGCUGGGCCCCUAAAGGACCCUCUGCUGGACGACCAGGGGGACUUCAACAGGAUGUGCGGGGCCAUGAAGAAGAUCGGCCUGGAUGAUAUGGAGAAGCUGGACCUGUUCAGGGUGGUGGCCGGGGUGCUGCACUUGGGCAACAUCGACUUUGAGGAGGCAGGCAGCACAUCAGGUGGCUGCACCAUAAAGAACCAGUCAAGCCAGACGGUGGAGUACUGUGCUGAGCUGCUGGGUCUGGGAGAGCAGGACCUGAGUGUCAGCCUCACGUCCAGGGUCAUGCUCACCACAGCAGGGGGCGCCAAAGGAACAGUUAUCAAAGUGCCACUGAAAGUGGAGCAGGCAAACAACGCACGGGACGCCCUGGCCAAGGCUGUGUACAGCCGGCUGUUUGACCACGUGGUCACCAGGGUCAACCAGUGUUUCCCCUUCCAUUCCUCUGCCAACUUCAUCGGGGUUCUGGAUAUCGCAGGCUUCGAGUACUUUGAGCACAACAGCUUUGAGCAGUUCUGCAUCAACUACUGUAACGAGAAGCUGCAGCAGUUCUUCAACGAACGCAUCCUGAAAGAGGAACAAGAGCUGUAUCAGAAGGAGGGCCUUGGAGUGAACGAGGUCCGGUAUGUUGACAAUCAGGACUGCAUAGACCUCGUGGAGGCCAAGCUGGUGGGCAUCCUGGACAUCCUGGAUGAAGAGAACCGUCUACCUCAGCCCAGCGACCAGCACUUUGCAGAGACUGUACACAACAAACACAAGAACCACUUCCGACUGACCGUGCCACGGAAAUCAAAGCUGCAAGUUCACAGGAAUGUGAGGGAUGACGAGGGAUUCAUCGUCAGACACUUUGCAGGAGCGGUGUGCUAUGAGACGACCAAGUUUGUGGAGAAGAACAAUGAUGCACUGCACAUGUCCCUGGAGUGCCUGGUGAGUGAGUCUAAGGACCGGUUUAUCCGGGAGCUCUUUGAGAACUCCAACAACACCAAGGACUCGAAACAGAAGGCCGGCAAGCUCAGCUUCAUCAGCGUCGGCAACAAAUUCAAGACCCAGCUGAACAUUCUACUGGAGAAGCUUCGCAGCACGGGCUCCAGUUUCAUCCGUUGUAUCAAGCCCAAUCUGAAGAUGGUCAGCCACCAGUUUGAAGGGGCCCAGAUCCUCUCUCAGUUGCAGUGCUCAGGAAUGGUGUCCGUGCUGGACCUGAUGCAGGGAGGCUUCCCCUCCAGAGCGCCAUUCCAUGAGCUCUACAACAUGUACAAGCAGUACAUGCCUGCCAAGCUGACUCGCCUGGACCCAAGACUCUUCUGCAAGGCUUUAUUCAAAGCGCUGGGACUCAACGAGAAUGAUUACAAGUUUGGGCUGACCAGAGUGUUCUUCAGACCUGGGAAGUUUAAGGAGUUUGAUCAGAUCAUGAAGUCGGACCCAGACCACCUGGCGGAGCUGGUGAAGAAGGUCAACCAGUGGCUCAUCUGCAGCCGCUGGAAGAAGGUCCAGUGGUGUUCCCUCUCUGUCAUCAAACUGAGGAAUAAGAUACUGUACCGUGCCAGUGCCUGCAUCAAGAUGCAGAAGACGGUGCGCAUGUGGCUGUGCAGGAGGAAGCACAAGCCGCGGAUCGAUGGGCUGGUGAAGGUGCGUAACCUGAAGAACAGGAUGGAUAAGUUCAACGAGGUGAUCGCCGGCCUGAAGGAGGGGAAGCAGGAGAUGAGCACGCAGAUUCAGGGGCUGGACGAUGCCAUCAACACAACCAUGCUCAAAAUCAAGACCACAGCAAUGACCCGCAUUGACAUGGACCAUGAGUACCAGGCCCUGGUCACCAGGUCAGAGGAGCUGCUGACGGCCAUGCAGAACAAGAAGAAAGAGGAGGAGGAGAAGGAGCGACUGAAGAAGAUCCAGGAGGAGAUGGCGAGAGAGAAGAAGAGGAGGGAAGAGGAGGAGCAGCGCCGCAAGCAGGACAAAGAGGACAGGCGUCUGAAAGCGGAGAUGGAGCUGAAGCGGAAACACGAAGAAGAGGAGCGGAAACAAAGAGAGGAAGAGGAGAGAAAGCUUCAGGCAGAGAUGGAUGUUCAGCUGGAGGCUGAGCGGGAGGAGGUGGCGGCGCGUCAGAACAUCCUGGAGCAGGAGAGGCGCGACAGGGAGCUGGCCAUGAGGAUCGCCCAGAGCGAGGCUGAACUCAUCCCAGAGGACACCCAGAAUGACGCAGGCCUGCGCAGUAACGGCACCUCAGGUGGUCCAUCCUCCCCAGAGAGAGCUACGGGAGCUGGUGGAUCUCAAAAGCUCAAGAGCAUGUCCAUGGAGGAAAUGGCCAAGGAAAUGUCUGAGCUUCUGUCUAGAGGCCCACAGGUUCAGGCUACCAAAGCUGCUGCUGCUGGCACCAAGAAGUACGAGCUCAGCAAGUGGAAAUACGCCGAGCUGAGGGACGCCAUCAACACAUCCUGUGACAUUGAGUUGCUGGCUGCCUGCCGAGAGGAGUUCCACCGCCGGCUGAAGGUCUACCACGCCUGGAAGUCAAAGAACAAGAAGCGUGGCAACAACCCCGGCAUCACAGAGCAGAGGGCCCCCAAAUCAGUCACCGACUAUGCCCAGGCGAACUCAGCCCCGCCCAUCCCAGCCAGGCAACAUGAGGUGGCCAUGAACAGGCAGCAGCGCUACUUCCGCAUCCCCUUCAUCCGGCCCGGGGACCAGUACAAGGACCCCCAGAACAAAAAGAAGGGCUGGUGGUACGCCCACUUUGACGGGCCCUGGAUCGCCAGGCAGAUGGAGCUGCACCCGGACAAGCAGCCCAUCCUGCUGGUGGCAGGGAAAGACGACAUGGAGAUGUGUGAGCUGAGCCUGGAGGAAACAGGCUUGACGAGGAAGAGGGGAGCUGAGAUCCUGCCCCGGCAGUUUGAGGAGAUCUGGGAGCGCUGCGGGGGCAUCCAGUACCUCCGGAGAGCCAUCGAGAAACGACAGGCCCGCCCCACCUACGCCACAGCCAUGCUGCAGACCCUCCUCAAGUAAGGGUGUAGGGUGAAUUUGCCCCUAGUCGCUGAUCAUGGGUCAGUUUAGCAUUUUCCCCACCUAAAGGUUAAGGUUAGGAUUGGGGGAGGGGAAGCUGAUCCUUGAUCUGUACUCUGGGAAACUUCACCCUGGAGCUAAAGCACCCUGUCUUAAACCACGGGGCUUUCUCUCACUACAGCAAAGGGAAGAAUGCACUAAGCUACUGUACCUAACACAGUGGGUAUUCAAGCCUACUGUACCAUGUUUUGACUGGGGCAAGUCAUAAGUUAACCACUUUGUUAAUUGUCUUUUUUCUAUUGUUCAUGUUGUUGGUCUUAGCUGCUUUCAAUUGUCUUGAUGUAUUAUUUCUUGGUGGGUGCGGGGGAAUUUGCAGUGAACCUAUGCAGAGGAAUCAGACAGUGACUAAUUAUUACAUCUAGUUUUGUUUCUCGAGCAAAUGUGGAUGUUUUCCUUUUAAUAUUCCUGCUACUUUAACUACGAGGCCUUAUUAAAACUACUUUAACAGGGUAAUUUGCUGAAAGUAGGAAGUGUUUCAAAGCUGCCUCCAAAUAAGUUUUAAGAGUAUUAAAUUGUUGAUGUUUAA